AUUAUUCCCUGUGGUGACCAGGGGCGGACUGACCAUUUGGAAACUCGGGCACUGCCCGAGGGCCCGGGGUCAGUAGGGGGCCCCAUGAGAUGCCCCUGGUACCUUUUUCAUAGGCUUUUUUGAGUUUGGGCAAGGACACAGGGGCCCCAUGAUCCCCUAUUGCCCGGGGGCCCCAUGAGUUGUCAGUCCACCCCUGGUGUCCGCCCCUGUACUGUAUAAUCAUCUAAACCAGGACUCACAACCCUACUACAUGUUACUAAGUGC